AUGGAGAAGAAACUUAACUUCUCUCUCAAGAUUGUUGAGAAAAAUGGAUUUGAUUCUUUGCCGAAGAAGGUUAACCAAGGUGAUAACAAGAUGAGGACUAAUGAGUUGGUUGGUGAUUCGGAGAAGCCGAAAAACCGAAGAAAUACUAACCGGAAGAUGUUGAAAGGUGGUGGAAAACUUUCGGUUCAUGGUUUACAAACAAAAUCUCAUGUUUCAGUUUCAUGGCGUGUGCCUCACAAGAAGAAGCAUAGUGAGAAGCAUCCUGGUUUUAAUUUGGAUUAUUCACCACCUAAGACACAUCCUCCUUCUCACAACUAA